AUGGAUCUGUCGGAUGAUGUAUGGAAUGUCAUCUUCAGUUACUUGGAUGUUAAAGCACGGGCUAAUAUUGCCUCUGUUAAUAGAAGGCUCAGUUCAUUGUUUUCUACAUGGCUUGAUGUUACAAUACUUUCUAUCAAAGAAGAUACUUUGUGUAUUGCCGGUGAAAUUUUUAAAUGUACUACAAAAUGUGAUCUGAAGGCAUAUGAGAAUUAUCUACGACAGUUAUCUCAAAUUGAACAUCUCAGCGUUCUCACUGUAGCAAGUUCUGUGCUUAACUCAUUGAGUUUAUCAUGCUUGGAUGCAUUAUUCACGAAGAAACUACGUAAAUUACGCAUAUUGCAACGUUAUGAUGAAUUGAAAACAGUACGAAAUGUAUUACGUCAAAGUCAAUUGACGCAAAUUAUUAUGGCGCCAUUAACUUCCAUACAACUUAGCGGUAUUGUAUUGAAACCGGAUAUAUUCAGUAAAUUAUGUGAUGCACUGAAACAAACUCUCACUGAAUUGCUCAUAUCCGGUGUGUUAUGUAAUUCACCUGAUUUUGAUCGGUAUAUCUCGGCAAUUGGUACGAAUUCUGUACAAAUUCUACAUGUUCGAAAUUCUUUAAGAUGAAUGUUAACUCAAUUGAAAGUACUCGAUAUUCCACCAUCACUCUUCUCAUGUUGUCAUCGUACUUUACCACAAAAAAUGGCCAUUCUAAAAACAUUAAAUUUGAAAAAGAUCUCCGUUUACGUGCACUAUUACAGCGCAUCAAAUAUUGCUAAUUUCUUGAAUACUAUGCCAAAAACAUUGAAAGAAUUGGUGUUAUUUCGCACCAGUGAAUUGGAUCAAAUAACAUGGUCAAGAGAUUUUGAAAAAUUACCAUAUGAGGUUUAUCUUUGUCGUCUCGAUGAUAUUAUUUUUGAACCACCAUGGAUGUGUCAUCGAAAUGAACUUCUUAGUCAUACACUAUGGUUACCGCCAUAUAAUUUUACUCAUAAUUUCUCGAGAACAAAUCUUCCAACCGAAUGGUAUCAGGAUGUGUUAACUACGAUUAGAGAAGUUAAUGAAUAUCAGGAAUUGGUUACAGCUCGAUCAAAUUCCAUUUCAACAAGUCAAAGUGCAUUUCCUAAUUUAUCUUCAAGCGAUGAAAGCUCAACGGCUAUAAGUAGCGCUAGCACAGACAUAAUCCAAUCUUUUGCGGAAGAUCGCCGAGGAUGA